UAAAACAUGGGUCAAAAAACAGAGCGCGUAUACUCGAAAGCCAAACGGUGUACGGUUUUGAUUGAUGUUGUACACAGAGUACCCGACCCGAAUCACAUUCCAACACUCCUCGCAAGUCUCAAUUCAUCUCCGGAAGUACCCACAUUAAACAUAACAUGAACUGUAGAGUUGCUGAAUCACAGUGUUGUACUAGAUAUAUAAAUGCUCAUUGAUUCAGGUGUUCACGAUGGUGCUAGCUCUAAUUGUACUCCAACGAUGGUGGAAUCCAACGCCAGAUUUACAUACAUUCAUCACUACACAACUCUUCUCGACACACACCAUCUUGUUGUUCGACCAAAUGCCUCAGUGACUUUCUUUCUUUUUAUUUCUCGGUUUCUUCUCGUUGUGAUUCCCUUUCUUCUAUUGCUCCUCAAGGAUAAAUCAGCUACUUUACUUCUCUGGAUUCUCCUUGUAAUAGCAUUACUCAUUAAAUCAUUGUUAUGGAAGCAUGUUGAUAAAGAAUCAAUUAUAAUCAUGCCAAGUUUUGGAGUACAGCUAGAAACUCAAUACCGAAGUGGGAGCAAGUUCAGGCGGUUCAUCCCAAUGAGCAAAAUUUUGAAACCAGUGCUUAACGAAUGUGUGACUCCUGUUACUUGCUACUGGAGUUUGUCUCUAAUUGUAAGAGGUGAAGAAGAACUUACAUUAGUUUUCAAGGAAUUGCAUCCACCCAUUAAAAUGUUAGUUCCUAUCUGGAAGGCUUUGUGCACAGCUGCCGAUUGUAGAUAAAACUCGAGCAAGGUUGGAGAAAAAACUUUUACUCCAGAAGAAGAUGACAGUAACUACUGGGAUCAAGAUUAUCGAAUUAUGUACCGAGAGAUUGCUCUAUAUCAGCGACAGCCAUGAAUUUUUUGGAAAUAGUUACAUCCUGCUCAGUUACUGUAACUUAUCAAAUAUUACACAAAUCAGAUUUCAUAGAACAUGAUCUUGGAAACUUUAGUGUAGAAUUUACUGAAUCCUAGCACUUAUUUAGAUUAGCCUAAUAGUGUUAUCAUACUAACAUUUUGCUCCAGUACCAAAUGUUGUAUUUUUAUACUUCAAUUGUAAAGCAUUAUCUGAUUCAACAUCAAA